AUGGCUCUGAAAGCUCUUGUUGGUCAAAAGAUUAUGAACGAGGUGAUCCGCUAUCGCGGACCAAAAGGCAAGAAGUCGCAACGCAUAGAAUGGCGGAUCCUCAUAGUGGACCAACUCUCAAUGCGCAUGGUUUCUGCAUGCUGCAAAAUGCACGACAUCUCGGCAGAGGGAAUUACUUUGGUUGAGGAUAUCCAUAAGAAAAGAGAACCACUAUGCACCAUGGAUGGGAUCUACCUCAUCACGCCAUCUGAGAAAUCUGUACAUGCACUAAUCAAUGACUUCUCAGUCGGUAACCGAAUUAUGUACAAGGCGGCACAUGUUUUCUUUACAGAAGUAUGCCCAGAGGAACUGUUCAAUGAGCUGUGCAAAUCAACAGCCGCCAGAAAAAUUAAAACUUUGAAGGAGAUUAAUAUUGCCUUCUUACCAUAUGAGAGCCAGGUGUUCUCGUUGGACUCUUCAGAGACGUUCCAGUGCAUGUACAACCCUGCCCUUGCACAAACACGUAACGCUAAUAUGGAACGUAUCGCAGAACAAAUUGCAACCUUAUGUGCAACGCUGGGAGAAUAUCCUUCUGUACGGUAUCGAAGUGAUUGGGAGCGUAACGUAGAACUUGCACAACUUAUCCAGCAAAAGCUUGAUGCCUAUAAGGCCGAUGAACCGACCAUGGGUGAAGGACCAGAGAAAGCGCGUUCACAACUAUUAGUACUAGACCGCGGGUUUGACUGCGUCUCACCGCUCUUGCACGAACUCACUUUGCAAGCUAUGGCCUAUGACCUAUUGCCUAUUGAGAACGACGUCUACAGAUAUGAAGCAUCUCAGGGGCAGGUGAAAGAAGUAUUGUUGGAUGAAAAUGACGAGCUGUGGGUGGAACUCCGCCACCAGCACAUUGCGGUUGUAUCCACGUCCGUCACUAAGAACCUGAAGAAAUUUACAGAGUCCAAGCGCAUGGGUGGAGGUGACAAGCAAUCAAUGCGAGACUUAUCCCAAAUGAUUAAGAAAAUGCCGCAGUAUCAAAAGGAACUUUCUAAGUAUGCUACUCACCUGCGUCUCGCCGAAGAUUGUAUGAAAGCAUACCAGGGUUAUGUUGACAAGCUAUGCAAGGUGGAACAGGAUCUGGCCAUGGGAACUGACGCAGAAGGAGAAAAAAUUAAGGAUCAUAUGAGAAGCAUUGUACCUGUAUUGCUGGAUCAGACGGUGACAAACUACAAUAAAAUGCGUAUCAUCGCUUUGUACAUCAUGUCGAAAAACGGUAUAUCUGAAGAAAAUUUGAAUAAACUAGUUACUCACGCUCAACUGGAGCCCUCCGACAAGCAGGCGCUUUUGAACCUGGCGAAUUUGGGCCUUAAUGUUGUUAUUGAUGGUAACAGGAAAAAACAAUAUCAAGUUCCAAGAAAGGAGCGUAUCACUGAACAGACUUACCAGAUGUCUCGAUGGACUCCAGUGAUCAAGGAUAUAAUGGAAGAUGCAAUCGACGAUAAAUUAGACCAACGUCACUUUCCAUUCUUGGCCGGCCGCGCCCAAACUUCCGGAUAUCAGGCACCUACCAGCGUUCGCUAUGGUCACUGGCACAAGGAUAAGGCUCAGCAGACUAUAAAGAAUGUUCCACGACUCAUCGUUUUCGUGGUUGGAGGUGUAUGUUUCUCUGAGAUUCGCUGUGCGUACGAGGUAACUGCUGCCCUUAAGAACUGGGAGGUUAUUAUUGGUUCUUCACACAUCUUGACACCGGAUACUUUCAUCUCAGACCUCAGCUCUCUUACAGCUUAA